UUUUGAACAUUAUUUUAUCCGAUCAGAUUGAGACACUCUACAAUUGAAUCCACACUCGCCGGAGAAGCCAUGCCGAUGUUCAAGGCGCCGUUCAACGGCUACUCAGUGAAAUUCAGCCCUUUCUACGAGUCCCGCCUCGCCGUCGCCACAGCUCAGAACUUCGGAAUCCUCGGAAACGGCCGGAUCCACGUCCUCGAGCUCUCUCCCGGAGGUCCCGGCGUCACAGAGUCCAUCGCCUUCGACACAGCCGACGCAGUCUACGACGUCUGCUGGUCAGAAUCUCACGACUCCGUACUCAUCGCCGCCAUCGGCGACGGCUCCGUGAAGAUCUACGACACAGCGCUCCCGCCUCCCUCCAAUCCCAUCCGAUCGUUCCAAGAACACGCGCGUGAGGUUCACUCGGUUGAUUACAACCCCACACGCCGCGAUUCUUUCCUCACGGCGUCGUGGGACGAUACGAUGAAGCUGUGGGCCAUGGAUCGUCCGGCGAGCAUCAGGACUUUCAAGGAGCACGCGUAUUGCGUUUACCAAGCGGUUUGGAACCCUAAGCAUGGAGACAUCUUCGCCUCUGCUUCCGGCGACUGUACCCUGAGGAUAUGGGAUGUGAGAGAGCCUGGCUCCACCAUGAUCAUCCCUGCUCAUGACUUCGAGAUACUGUCGUGUGAUUGGAACAAGUACGAUGAUUGUGUUUUAGCGACUUCUUCGGUGGAUAAGACGAUUAAGGUGUGGGAUGUGAGGAGUUACAGGGCUCCUUUGGCUGUGCUCAAUGGGCAUGGGUAUGCGGUGAGGAAGGUGAAGUUCUCGCCGCAUAGGAGGAACUUGAUUGCUUCUUGCUCUUAUGAUAUGACUGUGUGCCUUUGGGACUAUAUGGUGGAGGAUGCUUUGGUGGGUCGGUAUGACCAUCACACUGAGUUUGCCGUUGGGAUUGAUAUGAGUGUUCUUGUUGAAGGUUUGAUGGCGAGUACAGGUUGGGACGAGCUUGUUUAUGUUUGGCAGCAAGGGAUGGAUCCAAGAGCUAGUUGAAACAAGUUUAAGUCUCUGAGUUUCCUCUUUAUUUGUUGUGGAAUAAUAAAGUUGGUAUCUUUCAUAAACAAAAUGCCAUGUAAUUGAUGGAAAAAUUUCAGACAUAGAUGAACAAGGUUUUCUU